AGGUUAUGUUUUUAUUAUUGUUACGAACUUGUUACUUUUUUUUUAUAUUUUAAUAUAAUAAGGAAAAAUGUUACACUCUGUCAAUACAUUACAAUACCGUGCUUUGAAGAUAUUUUUGAGACCAUGCGAUUUUAAAAUUAUUAAACAAGCAAUACAUAAUGUAGGUUUAAAUGACAUUCCCAAAGUAACUGGAACUGAUAUUAAAAAAAUAAUACGACAGAAAGGGUUCGCUGUACAAGAUGGGUACACAUCUUUUACUACGAAGUGUGCAAUAUGUUCGACAAAUGAAAAAAGCAGUGAAAAUAAAGUGUAUAUCAAUAAAACAACCGGAUACUUUACAUGCCCAAAGUGCAAUAUUCAUGGAGACUGGAAUAUCUUAGAAAGAAUUAUAAAAAAAGUCAAAAUGGAAGCAUCUAUAAAAGAUUAUAUACAAAAAUUACAACAAGAUAAUCAGCAAUUUGAAAAAGACUGGCAAGAUAUUCUGGAUAAAACUACUUCAUUAUCAAAAACAACUGAAAAGGAAGCUUUAGAAAUAUUUAGGCUAUUCGAAUUUCCUUACCAUCCGGAAGCUUGCAAAGUAUUAUCAGAUGUAAGAAUUUCUACAGAACACAACAUAUUGUAUUUCCCUUUAAAGAAUGCCAGUGAUAAAGUUAUAGGGUAUCGUAAAAUAGAGGCAGGCAAAGAGGAGGAAGCUGAAAGUCAUGGACACCACACAGCCGGUUUGUUCUGGUGUAAAGCUCACAAAGUGGGGCAUAAUGCACAAGCUGUUUUAGUUCCCAGUGUACAUGAUGUUUUGCAUUUAGCUGCACAUAAAAUACCUGGUUCCCUUGUAUGGCUGAAUAAUUGCAGUUUACCACCCGUUGUUCUACCAACUCUUGAAGGAUAUCAAAAACUAUGUCUGUGGGGCGAUUGGGAUAACAUGCGUGCGGUAGCCGAAAAACUUGGUGAAGAGAGAUGUCGAUUUGUGAGACCAACAGAUGGUUUGGUGACCGCUUCAGAAACAGCUGCGGCUAAUAUAUCACUAAAGGCUCUAGUGUCCGAAGCAAAACCAGCCGCUCAUAGAUCCAUAACAACAUUUUCUGCACUAAGAGAUGAUGUUUAUGCAGAACUUACGAACAUUGAUAAGGUGCGAGGUGUGAAAUGGCGUCGCUUCCCCGCCCUCACUCGACUGCUGGGCGGACACCGGCGCGGCGAGCUGACGGUGCUGACGGGCCCCACCGGCUGCGGCAAGACCACACUCUGCGCGGAGAUGUCCCUCGAUUUGGCACAACAAGGGGUUAACACACUAUGGGGCAGUUUUGAGAUCCGCAACUCUCGGCUGGCGCGCACGAUGCUGCAGCAGUUCGCAGGCGUGCCUCUUGAGCACAACUUGCACGACUUCCACAAAUACGCUGACGACUUCCAGAAGCUUCCCAUUUACUAUCUAGCAUUCCACGGACAACAACCGAUUAAAGUUGUUAUGGAGGCGGUGGAGCACGCGAGGUACAUGCACGACAUCGCGCACGUGGUGGUGGACAACGUGCAGUUCAUGCUGGGUGUGGGCGAGGAGCGCGACGGCGACCGCUACCUGCGUCAAGACGCCGUAGUCGCUGCCUUCCGCACCUUCGCCACCGCGCGACACUGCCAUGUCACUCUUGUCAUGCACCCCAGGAAGGAACGAGAAUCAGAAGAUCUUUCGACAAGUUCAAUAUUCGGCAGCGCUAAAGCAUCGCAAGAGGCAGAUAAUGUUCUCAUAAUUCAGGACAAGCGUUUAACUGCUGUACGUGGAAAAAAAUAUUUACAAGUUGCUAAGAAUCGGUACAGCGGAGACUUAGGAAUUGUUCCUUUAGACUUUGAGAAGGAUUCUCUUAGUUAUCAAUCGAAGAAAAAGAAAACGAAAUCGGACGACCCUGAUAAAUUACUGGAUCAAUGUUUCGAAGAGUAUUCAAUCGAUGAUCAAAACGCUAGUGACCCUACCAUAAAGAGAAACAUGCAAAGUGCCAAAUCAAGAAAUAAAAAUGAAAAUGCCACUUCAUAUCUAAGUGAUAUUUUGAAUUCAAACAGAACUAGGUGAAUGGAUUUAA